AUGAACUUGGAGAGUAGAGUGUUGGGUACGCGAGAUUUGGCUCACGCCGAAUAUAACUUUCUGACUUGUUUAUUUUUUACUUUUAACCAUAUUUGUAUAUUUUCAGAUAUCAAACCCUACAACAAGGAUUUUUUCAUUGAAGGGCAUUAUUUUAUUUCGAUAACUUGUUUUCUGACAUUUAAUUUAUUUGCAAUGCUCGGUAGUUUGACUACGACAUUUGUGCGUUGGCCUAAGCCAAAAUAUCUAUGGAUACUUGUUCUAAUGCGCAUUAUAUUUGUCCCAUUAUUUUUAGUCUGCAAUUAUUUACCAAAAGGUGUAAAAAGGACGCUACCCGUUUUAAUAACAAACGAAUGGAUUUAUUGGAUUAUUGCUGUUAUUAUGUCGUAUAGUUCCGGUUAUUUACAUUCGCUCGGCAUGAUGUACGCUCCAAAAACGGUAUCUCCGAAAUACCAAACAACAGCGAGAAUGUUUGCAGCCGCUAUGUUAAUAACUGGAAUAUUUUCGGGGAUUCUUUUUUCCUUUCUAUUUCCAUACUUUGUAAUUUUUUAAAUUAAAAUCAUUUCUCAAAAAUGUUCGAAUCGAGAAAAUAAUAAAUUUUUAUGUUUUAAUACAAUUAUUAAUCAGGACUAUUCCGCAGAGGUGGAAAUAACAACAACAACAACAACAAAAUCAUAAUUGUUAAAUUUUAUUUAGGAUCACCUACUAUUUUUCGUUGUUUAGCCUAAUAAUAAUCCAUGUUAAAAAGAAGAAAUAGAACGAAAGACUAAAUUCAUGUAACAUCAAUACCUCUCAAAUUAAAAUAAUGACCAUAACCAGAAGCGAAUGCACCAAAAUAAGCCUAUUUCUAAUCUAUUUUGUAUUUAUUAAAUAUUUUAUAUAAACAUUUUUCUAUUUAUUUGUUCUACAAAAAGUGCGUAACUUUUAAGCAUUAAGUGUAUCUUUGUUAUAAAUUUUUAUUCACAAAAAAACACUAUAAUAAAUAUAUUUUU